UGACAAGCCCUGGGAAUUCCUGGUACCUCUGUUGCCAGCUACUAAUUAGAUGGAGCACCAACUCCCUCACUUCUGCCAUUUUCAUACCUUAAAACAGGGCUCGCGCUUCCCCCUGGAUAUUUCAAAGAUGUGCUUGCAAAUCUGCGGUGAUAAGGCCCUUGAUUUCCUCACGUUUCGUAACGUGUCCGAACCAGUCGACUCACUGGCAGCAUACGGGCUGUGGCACUUUCUCAUUUGGUUAGCCCCGCAUUAUCGUGAGCAUAUGCGCCUUUAUUCGCUCUCUCAUAGUUUCUCGCUUUGAACUCUCUCCAUUACCCAGUGACACGAUAGUAUUCAUGGGCAACUGUGUCUCCCGUCCUAAACAGUCUUUCCUAGUCUCUAGCAGUUCGUCUGCUGAGAAGAAUACGACUCCUCGCAUUCUAGAUGGUCUACCUAUAGCGGAGCCAACAACUUCUUUCUGGACGAUUCCUGCAGCCCCAAUAGGAAAACCUUGGUCUCACAAGAAUUUGCCAUCCCAUGCAGACGUGGUUAUUAUCGGAUCCGGUAUAUCUGGCGCCUCUUUUGCCCGAACUCUGCUUGAGUACGGAAACUGUCUUCGUGUUGUUAUGCUUGAAGCCCAAGAUGUAUGCUCAGGGGCCACUGGCAGAAAUGGGGGACAUAUCUUUCCCGCUACAUACCAUGACUAUGAAGACCUGAAGAAAAGAGUGGGCGAGAAUAUGGCAAAGAAGAUGAUACGCUUCCGGAAGGCGCACUUAGAUGAGAUUCUGGCCAUUGCUGCAGAGGAGGGUGUCACAGAGUAUGCACAGUGUCGUGCCGUCGAGGGUGUCGAUGUGUACUUCGAUAAACCCACGUUUGAAGAGGCACAGCGGAAGCUGCAAGUAUAUCAGCGUGAUAUGGGCGAAUAUGCUGGUUCAUACACCUGCUAUGAGGGCUUAGACGCUCAAGAGAAAUUUCAUCUGUCACCACUUGCGGUGGGAUGUAUUGCCACCCGAGCUGGUGCUGUACAUCCAUAUCGCUUUGUGACCUCGAUAUUAAGCCGCCUUCUCACAGACUACCCCAAAGAAUUUGAGAUUCACACUCGUGCACCCUGUACAUCGAUCGAUGAGCCCACAUCAAGUUGCCCAUUCUAUAGACUCAAUACAGCACGCGGGGUGAUUACGACUCCACACGUUGUGCAUCUCACGAAUGCGUACGCACCUGCGCUCCUACCCGCUUUUAAGGGAGCUAUCCUUCCCAUUCGAGAAACAAUGACCGCACAGCGACCCGGCCGUAACCUCCAUGCAAGCACGCUGCAUGGUGGGCGGAGCUUUGUGUUCUUUGAUAGUCCACGUAAGGGCUUCGACUACUUGACACAACUCCCAGAUGGCGAGCACGAACUCAUGUUCGGCGCAGGCUUCGAGUCGAGGAUGGAUAGUGUUGCUAAUGCAAUGUAUGGCGUGCAUAGCGCAGCACAUGUAGGCGGUGCAAUGCCAAUCUAUUUUGGAGCGGAAAGCUGGGGUGCUGAGGCCUUACCAAGCACUCCCACAGAUGAACAGGAUGUGGGCGUAGGUUUGUGGGCAGAAGGAAGAGUGAAGGCAAUUUGGAGCGGUCUGUUGAGCGAAUCGGCCGAUGGGAUGCCGUGGGUUGGAAAGGUGCCCGUUAAUGUGGCUAGCAGGAAGGCACCGCCUGUUUCGUCUGCACCCUCUGCUAUGAAUUCAGGUACGAGGAAGCUGAAGUCAGUUCUCACUGCUGCUCCCGGUGAGUGGAUUGCGGCUGGUUACUCCGGUGAGGGCAUGGUGCAUGCGUGGCUGAGUUCCAAGGCCGUUGCGUUAAUGCUUCUAGGAGAGGAUCUCACUGAGGUCCAGAACUGGCUCCCAGAACUGUUCAGCGUCACGGACAUUAGAGUCAAGAUGGCCAAGCGGACUUUCAGGCCUGACGUUGUGCUGAGUGGCAAGAGGCGUGUCUUCAGCCUUUAAUACCUAUGUGUAUUAAGAAUUUUCUCUACAGUAGGUACCUACUAGUCAUGUGCAUGUUGCGUAGUUUUAGAUUGUGGCUUUACUUUAGUAUAACUUAAGUACCACAGUACUGUGUAGUUUACUUGAAUGCAAACCUAUCAUAUCUAUUA